CCUCAAUCGUGAGUUGCCUCAACCCUUUCACUAAGCCUGAUCACGUGCUCCCCGUUCUCACCCUCUGUACGAUCCCUGCGACACAUACGGAACCGGAUCACACGCGGCGUCCUCCAAACCGAUCUACAAAAACCCAACAAAAAAUCUCUCCGUAAUUUCCCUUCAAGCCUGCCGCCGCCGCACCCACUGAAGCGGGCGGCACACACACCAUGGUCGCCCACCAAAUCGACCGUACGGUCUUCGCAGUGCUGGUAUUGGUCACGUGCAUCGGCCACGAUGAGGCCGUGCUGACAAGAAGUCAACAAGCGAGCUCAGGCACCGGCGGUGCACAGCGUUUUAAUCAGCAGCGUCCCGCACAAUCAGGGCGCAGGCCUCCGACGAACAUCCGGAACAAUCAACGACACCCCAGCAACAACGGUUCCUACGACUACUUCAUUCUCAGUCAGCAAUGGAGUCCGGGAUCGUGCGCUACUGAAUCACGGUGCGUGACCGGAAGCAAGAGGAGAUUCUGGACCAUUCACGGGCUAUGGCCUAGCGGUGACUACGCGUCUCCCAGCUACUGCCUGGACGAACGCUUCGAUGGCCGAGUUCUCGAUCCCAUUAAAGGGAGCCUGAACCAGUACUGGCCUUCAUUGACCAGCACUCAAGCCCGGUUUUUCACCUUCUGGCGACACCAAUGGCAGAAACAUGGGACAUGCGCAGGUGACGUUCCUCAGUUAGCCGGUCUCCUCAAGUUCUUCAACACGACCCUAGCGGUAUACAGGAGAUACAACGUUUACGAGUUCCUCUCCAACAGCAACAUUACGCCGAGCACAACUCGUACAUACUCGGUGAACAACAUUCGAAAUGCUCUCUCAGAUGAUAUUCGAGAGAAGGUCAACAUCGUCUGCACGCGCUCGCAGACAUUAUUAGCGCCAGUGCUGACGGAAAUUCGAUUCUGUCUGGACAAGACCUUGUCUUUAGUGCACUGCCAAGGAAGGACGAGCGGUUGUACAUCGAGAAACUACUACCUACCCUACCGGUGCGGAACUUAUUGUGACCGUCAAGACUCAUCAUGGCACGUGGAUAACCUGAGCUUCCUAAUUCAACCACAAGGUUCUACGUCACCCGUCGUUCCUACAAAAGGCCCAGCACUCAGCAACUUCUUCAGUGGGCUCGGCGAACACCGAAGUGCAAUGAUCACUAAGCAUGCUAUUCUUGUCAUCCAGGCGGACACAGAGAGACACAGCGAAACAAUGACGAGGUUCCUGAUCGCCACGACGGUUCUCCUGCUGGCUGCCACUAUUAUAAGCGAAGUAGAAUCUAGACGGAAACGGAAAAGGCCACCUGCAAGCACAGACAGCAAUUCCUACGAUUAUUUCGUUCUCAGUCUGCAAUGGGGACCAGGAUUUUGCAGAACAGUGAGAAGGUGCGUGGAAGACAGCAAAAGGACAUUCUGGACGAUCCACGGUUUAUGGCCUAGCGGUGACAACGCGUCCCCCAGCCAUUGUCUCGACCAACAUUUCGACGAAAGGCUUCUCGACCCCAUUAGGCCAAGCUUAGAUAAGUACUGGCCAUCUCUGAAAAGCGACAUCACACUAUUCUACACAUUUUGGCAGCACGAAUGGCGGAAACAUGGCACGUGUGCUGCGGAUGUUCCAGAAUUAGCUGGGCUACUCCAGUUCUUCAACACAACGCUGACGCUGUACAAGAAAUAUGACGUACACGAGUUCCUCACGAAUAGCGGCAUUACACCUAGCCUAAAUAAUUUUUACGCAGUGAAUGACAUUCGUCAGGCAUUGUCUGACGAUAUUCGAGAGAAGGUCGACAUCGUUUGCAAACGGUCAUUGGUAUUCCCAGAGCCGUUGUUAACAGAAAUUCGGUUCUGCUUGGACAAGUCUCUGACGCCCGUCCACUGUCGAGGUCGGGUUAGUGGCUGCCGCAACAGGAACCUCUAUGUACCCUUCGAUACAUAACCGCAGAACGAGUGUACAUUAAAUUAUUAUAGUACC